AUGGAGCGACCAGACGCCAGCUCCUUACUUGCAGCAUCAGCUCAUGCCCACAAGAAGCCCUCGUACGAGCCCAGGAAGCCACUACAGAUUACGCCAGAGGAGGCUCACAUCAUGUGGGGUCACGCAGGCCGACAGGCGAUCGAUCGACUGCCGGAUAGCGUAGACGGGCUGCAGCUGGUAGACGGCAACCCAGCACCAAACCAGAGGCCGCCGCGCGAGCCAGCUACCCGACCGUUCGAGCGCAUCAAUGUUGUCUUCAUUCGAGGCAAGCUCUGUGACGGCAAAGGCCAGUACGCAGAGAAGAGCUACGUUCAAGAGGCAGCAGAAGUGCUCGAUAUCAAGGAGGCGCUCGAUUACAGCAAUAUAUUGACAGAACAGCUGUUCUCUCGUGAGAACAAGGACAACGCUGAGGGUAUCGGAGAUACAGUUCAUGUUCAACUACCGCCGAAUUAUCAGCAGAGCCGUACUCAGCAGAAGAACACCACAGCGCUCAUGACUCCAGAAGCGACACCAGAUUUGCCCGAGCCGAUCGAGCUCACAGGCGAGUCGCUCACUGAUCAGGCGAUGGAUGAUACUGGCUGGGGACGCGGAUAUGCUCUAGCUCGAGAAGGAGAAGAGCCAGACCGAACGUCCAACAACGCUGCACGACGAGGAGAGAUUAGCAGCCAGGUAUCAGAGCAGUUUAUUAUGAAGGGCAAGCGAAUUCGCAAGCCAGCGACGUUUGGCACCUAUCUAGCGACAUUUGCAGCCUGUAUCAACCCUACAGCAGCAGGAAAGCUACUCAGCGAAGCGCCGAAAACCCGACUCCAUCGUGACCAGCUGCCGGCUGAGCUAAAGAGAUAG